ACAAACACUGGCAACGCAGUCUGAGCGACUAAUCCCAGGGAAACGGACUGAACCGCAGCGAAACCACCGCUGUAGAGGAUUUCAUAAUCGACCACUUGAGUUGAAGACAACUUCAGAAGACAUGACCAGAUCACUGGGACUAUUAUUUCUACUCUCUGCUCUCUGCUGCUGCCUAGCGGACAAUGUGGAGCUGCUCCGCUCUAAGCGAGGGACUCGUUUUUACAGAGGUGAGCCUGGCAGGCGGCCAGCAGCGUCAACGCUUUUGAUUAUUCGUGUCCAGAAGUCCCCACCUUCCCUUGACACGUCCUUGCGUUGUGUUGAUAGUCAGACAUCUGCAGUGCGUAGUUUCCAGGAGACAUGGCUGCGAUGGAGGGGUCAGCGUGUGGAGUACUGCCGUUGUUCUUUAGGAGGACGAGAGCGUUGUCAUAUUGUCCCCGUCACCAAUUGCUACGUGUCUCAGUGUUAUAAUGGAGGAACCUGUAAGGAGGCAGUGUACUCGUCAGAUUAUAUCUGCCAGUGUCCCGCAGGCUUCAGUGGGAAUCGAUGUGAGAUCAACACCAAUGAGAAGUGCGUGGUGGGACAGGGUAAAGGGUAUCGCGGGACAUGGAGUAUCAGCCACACAGGAGCAGAGUGCAUCAACUGGAACGCGACGUCGCUGAGAGGAAGGAGGUUCACAGCUACAAAAGUGGACGCCAGUAUUCUCGGUCUGGGCAACCACAACUUCUGCAGGAACCCUGACAAUGACAACACUCCUUGGUGUUAUGUCUAUAAAAACAAUCAGAUCGCGUGGGAGUUCUGUUCUUUGCCCAAAUGCAAAGAAGAUAAGUACCAAGAGUGUGUUCUGGCCUCUGGUCAGUCAUACAGAGGCACAAAAUCUGUGACUAAGAGUGGCUCCCACUGUCUCCCCUGGGAUGCUCCCAUUCUCAAGCGAAAGCUAAACAAUGCCUGGAGAUCUGACGCACUGGAGCAGGGUCUGGGCAGCCACAGCUUCUGCAGGAAUCCAGAUGGUGAUGAAGGUCCAUGGUGUCACACCUACAAGAACAUGCAGCUGACCUGGGAGCUGUGUGAUAUACCUCAAUGCUUGAAACAUCCCUCUGUCCUGAGCACUCUCGGCCCACGUGCCCCCACUACAAACAACAAUAACAGAGCAACAUGUGGCCAGCGGUUAGAUAACUCCCUGAAUCGCCCGUCGUUCCGCAUAUUCGGGGGCAGACAGAGUGACAUCACGGACCAGCCAUGGCAGGCGGCCAUUAAUGUUUACCAGGCCCGAAGCAGACAACACUUCCACCGAUGUGGGGGAGUCCUCAUCAACUCCUGUUGGGUGCUGUCUGCCGCGCACUGCUUCGAGGAAAGUGAUAAAGCAGAAAAAUUGGAAGUGAUUUUGGGAAGAACGUUCCGAAAACAGAAUUCCAGCAGUGAGCAGAUUUUCAAGGUCUCAAAGUACUGGAGCCACGAGAACUUUGACAAUGAAUCAUUUGACAAUGACAUCGCUCUGCUGAAGCUGGAGACAGACAUUGGCAUCUGUGCUGUAAACUCUCCCGAGGUUUUUCCGGCGUGUCUGCCUGAACCUGAUUUGGUGCUGCCCAGCUGGACCGAGUGUGAGAUCUCAGGCUAUGGAAGAGACAGAGAGUUUGCUGCAGAAUACUCAGAGCGCGUGAAGAGAGGUUACGUUCGCCUGUGGCCCAACGAGCGCUGCGUCCCGGACGUGCUCUCUGGACGUACAGUUACUCCCAACAUGCUGUGUGCUGGCGACACCCGAGGCCUGGACGACGCGUGCAAGGGAGACUCCGGUGGCCCACUCGUCUGCCGAAACAACGACAUCAUGACUCUGAUGGGUGUGAUCAGCUGGGGCGACGGGUGUGGGCAGAGGGACAAGCCUGGGGUGUACACCCGUGUCACCAAUUACAUUAACUGGAUCAAUGAAAAAAUGAAGGCAAACCCAGUCUAAAGCAAGGGAGAUUGCGAUGAGGACGUUGUCGGACGACCUACCCGGAAUGCAAUGGGUUGAGCAGCAAAAGCAGAUAUGUUUAGGACUGUGCGGAUGGACAGUGAGGUCCACCAGACUCUCAGGUUUGUCUGACGGAGGUUUUAAACCAGCAGGGUCACUCCUGUACAGAGACAGACACAAGAAAGACCUCAGCCUUGAGUUUCUCAAGUUUUCUAAUCACGACUGUGUCAAAUGUGACGGUGUAAACGGACAGAAACGAGCAAAUGUUUCUUCUUUUUUUUCAAUCAGUUUUCUUUUGUUUUCACAGUGCCUCCUGCACCACACUGUGAGUUUCAGGUAGUGAAUCUAAGAGGAAGAAUAGGAUCAUAUCUCUGGCUGGCUCUGUGCUAGAUUAAACGAAGAAGUCAUAGUCUUAGACUUCAGAUCAGUAGCACUUUUAAUCCAGAAGAACACAGUUAUUUACUUUGCACAGGACAGUAAUUCAUAUAGGAGUUUUUUUUAUUUUUUAUUUCAAUGCAAAUAUUCUUUUGCUGACUUGUUUUCUACAGAUAACGUGAUGCCGGCUUUAUUCGUUUCCAUGCAUUUGCUCCUUUUGGAGCUCCAGACCAUCUGCUGGUUCAGAUUCUGUGUGCUUGUGCCGUGUUGUCUCCGUGUCCUCCCUGCUGUCUUUAUAGAUGGGAACAGAUGUUGACAGGUGGAGGCAGGAAACUCUGGAGUCCAUUCAAUAAACCUAUGUCUCCUUGUUGUUUCGAGCUCCGUCGCAGACGAAGAGCAAAAAUCAUUUUAUGUUCCCGCUGUUUGUUGUGCCAGAUUUCCAGAGCACGUCCUCCACCAGACAUGUGGGCUGAGCCCUGUGUAUUUGUACUGUAUAUAAAACAUGACAUGUACUAUAUUGUCUGAUUAUUGAUUUUAUAUUGAAUAUGAAUAGGGACAUUGUGACACAUUAAAUUGCUUCUUGACUGCAAAGCCUAACGCUUCUGUUAUAGAAUCUCAAGGGAAUUUGUGAUAAGUUAAUAUUUAUGUCCUUUUUGUCUAAUGCUUCAUAGAAACUUUGAUAAGGUAUUUACUAUGUGUACUGUAGCUUCAUAAUUUAUUGUCACGGCCAUCAUAACCACAUUUUUCAAUAUACAAUAAAAUAAAAUUUGGAAUAAA